GUUUGAGAGUGAGCAGCUGAAACCUCACAUAGUGGAGCUUUUUGUCCGUUUUGUGAGCGUUUAAACCUAUCGUUGACAAAGACAGCGACGUCAUAAUGUCAAAGCCCACUCUGCUCGUCCUGUAUGGGAGCCAGACCGGCACGGCUCAGGACACGGCCCAGAGGAUCGCACGGCAGGCGCAGAGGAGGCAGCUGCAGGUUCAAGUGCUGCCUUUGGAUGGCUACAACGUGGCCAGCUUGAUCUCAGAGCCUCUGGUUAUAUUUGUAUGUGCCACCACCGGCCAGGGAGACCCUCCAGACAACAUGAAGAACUUCUGGAAGUUUGUCUUUAAGAAGUCUCUGCCUGUUGGCUCUCUGAGUCGUUUGGACUGUGCCGUGCUGGGCCUGGGGGAUUCCUCUUAUCCCAAGUUCAAUUUUGUGGCUAAGAAGCUUCAUAAGCGCCUUCAGCAGCUUGGGGCCAGUAUGCUGUUGCCUGUCGGGCUGGCAGAUGAUCAACAUGACCUUGGGUCGGAUGCUGCGAUUGACCCGUGGCUCACAUCAUUUUGGCAGAAAGUGUUGGCUCUGUACCCGUCUCUGGCUGAUGUGAUCCCCCUGAGGGAGGAUGAGCCGCUCCCUCCGGCUUUUACUGUCCACUUCCUGGAUGAAGUGAAAGAGAAGACAGAUGACAGGCUGAGGAUUCCCACGGAGCAGACCGUCCCCUCCCCGUCCCAUCCAUUUCCUGCCAGACUCGUGUCCAACGUGAGAGUAACGGACCCGUCACACUUCCAGGACGUGAGGCACAUCGAGUUUGAUAUCACUGGAUCCAACAUCAAGUUUGCUGCUGGUGACGUGGUGAUGAUGCGCCCACGCAACUCAGCAGAAGACGUGCAACAAUUCUGUCAGCUGCUGAGACUGGAUCCAGAGGCCAGGUUCACCCUCAGAGCCACAGACAACACUGCAGUUCCAGCCAGGCUUCCUCAGCCCUGCACUGUGCGCUACCUGGUGGAGAGUUACCUGGACAUCGCCGCCGUGCCUCGCCGCUCCUUCUUUGAGCUGCUGUCUACCUUUGCCACCAACGAGCUGGAGAAGGAGAAGCUGAUGGAGUUCAGCUCAGCAGUGGGCCAGGACGAGCUGCACAGCUACUGCAGCCGGCCCCGACGCACUGCGCUGGAGGUCCUGGCAGAUUUCCCUCACACUACAGCAGAACUCAAAGCAGACUAUCUCCUGGAUCUGUUCCCUGAGAUCCAGCCUCGCUCAUUCUCCAUCGCCUCCUCUCUGCAGGCUCACCCAGACAGGAUUCAGAUCCUGGUAGCUGUGGUUCGUUACAAAACCAAGCUGUAUAAACCCCGAAGAGGCCUCUGUUCCACCUGGUUAGCCUCCCUGGACCCUGCACAAGGGGAUGUGUAUGUGCCUCUGUGGGUGAAGAAGGGAACUAUGAAGUUCCCUAAAGAGAAGGACACCCCUGUGAUCAUGGUUGGACCUGGAACAGGACUGGCACCCUUCAGGUCGGCUCUACAAGAGAGGAUUGCUGAGGGAAAACACGCCAAUGUCCUGUUCUUUGGCUGUCGCUCUGAGACCAAAGACUUCUACUUCAGGUCAGAGUGGGAGGAGAUGAUGAAGGCGGGACAGCUGAGCCUCUUCACUGCCUUCUCACGAGACCAGGAGGAGAAGGUGUACGUGCAGCACCGUGUGAGGGAGAAUGCUGAGCUCCUGUGGGACCUGAUCGCCAAUAGAGGCGCCUGCUUUUACAUCGCUGGUAACGCCAAAGAGAUGCCCGCCAGUGUGUGUGACGCCCUGAAGGAGGUGUUUCAGCAGGAGGGAGGCGUGUCCGCAGAGGACGCCGAGCAGAUGUUGACCAACAUGGAGAGGACGGGUCAGUUCCAGAGUGAGACCUGGUCCUGAUCACAUGACCCCAGCCAACCGCCUCUCACUGUCCACAUGAAGCUGCAGCUGCUGCCAUGGUGACUGCAUGAAACAGCUGUGGAAUCAAAGUGGAUUCAUCCAUCAGUCAACAAAUUCAAGCACGGACGAUCGUUUCUGACAUUUUUUAACAGGGCGAGUGACAAAAUAACCUCAGCUCACUUACUGGCUUUUUGGAGCUUUCGACAACAUCUCAGUCUUUAUUUAGCUUGUGGAUCUGGCUCAGGUGACGUCAUGUGACCGUAGUUCCAUUCUCAGGUCAACAGGUGAUUGUAUAAAGGUGCUGUAGUUAACAUCAAAUCCUCUAAGGCUGCAUUCAGUUCGUAGACUGUUUUUUUUAUUUUUUAUUUAUUUAACCUUUAUUUAACCAGGAAGAUCCCAUUAAGAUUAAAAACAAGACAGGAAAAAGAUAGGCACGGGCAGCAAGAACAAAACACAGUUACAAAAUACAUAGAUAAAACACAAACAAAUAAAGAAAAAGUAUUGAAUUUACAAGCAGAUUAUGAAAAACACGUACAUGUAGUGGAGUUCGCCUCAUGUAUUCUCAGUUUGGAUUUAAAGGCACUCAAAGAAAUUAACAGUGUUAGUUUCCAGUCAUUCUGCAACAUAUUCCAUGCUAAAGGUGCAGAGUAGACAAAAGCCUUUUUACCCAGUUCAGUACGGGCAUAUGGAACAGAAAGCAACACGUAGUCUUGAGAAUGGAAGGACUAAGGACCAGCACCUCUCUGCAAUCAAGGAACAAAUGUAGGAAGGCAGUAUUGAAGACAAGUUUCAGCUGAAGUUUACAAUUUGCAUAAAACAUCCCUAAAGAAUGUCCAAGCUAACUCUACAUCGGGGAUAAGACCUAUUUUUUCCAAUCAAAAUUAGACAAAUCAUGAUGAUAGGCUUGCUCAUUAAAAAUUUUAAGGUUCCUCUUAUAAAUGAUACAAGACUUUGAUUUGGGCAUCUUAGUGUUUCUAAUAGCAGUGACGAUACAGUAGUCGCUUAAGUCAUUGCAGAACACUCCCAAAGAGGAGAAUUUAUGAGGAUCAUGCGUCAAAAUUAAAUCAAUCAAGUUGGACUUCUCAGGGCUUUUAAGAUUUGGCCGAGUGGGUGAAUUGACCAACUGGGUGAAAUUAAUAGAAUCACAAAAAGAUUUAAAAUCACUAGAAACUUUUAAGCCAAUCCCAAUUCAAAUCACCAGCUAAAACAAGUUCACUAAUUCAUUCUGGACAAAAGAUGCUUCAAAGAUUGUAAUGUUUCCUUGGAGGCAGAUGGAGGCCUGUAACACCCAACAACAGUUAUACAAAGGCCCUGAAUGAUUUCCACAUUCAAAGCCAAAAAUUCCAGUUGUUUGCAGAUGGAUUCAGACAGAACUAUGCAAGCAUUAAAUUUUGAUUUGAUAUAGAUAGCAACACUGCCACCUUUCUUUGGCCAGUUUGAAGAAGAAAUAGAUUUGGACAGCCAAGUUUCUGAAAUAACAACAAUAUCUGCAUCUGUUGAUUUAACCCAAAUCCAUCUUGAUUCACAAGCUGCGCACAUUAAGAUGAACAAUUUUAAGACCAGACAAAGAUUUAAAAUCAGACGGUGUCUGGGUACACUGCAGCUCAGGGCCAGGGUCAGGUAGCACAUUACCAGAUAAAAG